AUGCCUUUCCCAACGGCACUGCCGGAACAUAUGAGUCCGGAAUGGCAGAAACACUUUGAGCGAGACAUGAAAGAUCUUCACCUAAUCUACGACUAUAACGUCUACCAGGAGGCUACCGGGGUUACCGAAAAGUGGAGGUACGAGAUGUGGUUUGUCUCUGAGAAUAGAGUCGUGUAUGCGAUCCACGGCGGUCCUAUGGCAGGCCGAAAGAACUUUCAAUAUGCAACCUUUCAAUGCAUCCGACCUGGUGAACUCUGGCAAUGCAACUGGCUUGAAGAGACUGGAACGAUAUGCAGCCUGGUCUACGACAUCAAGGAAAAACGAAUCACCACUCUGCUAGGCUUCUCCAAAGGCCACUGGGAAUAUCCCGAAGAAGCUCAUGGCGAUAAACGAAAUCCUGAAGAUUUGCAACGUUGGAGAAAAUUGGCGGAGAUUGGCAAACAGACUGAUCGAAUUUUGCUCAGUGAGCAGGCCAAUAUUGUCGAGGUGUUCCGCGGUAAGGGCGACCUGGUGCCAAUCACUGGCGAAGAAGAGACUCUAUGA